AUGUUAUGACAGCACUAUCAUGACAUUACAAACCCAUUUCCAGGUGCAACUUAGUUUCUUCCUUCCUUUCUUUCUUUCUUUCUUUCUUUCUUUCUUUCUCUCAAAUCUUUCUCUGACUACUCGUACUUUUGUGCCUAUUUUAUACACCUAAGCUUCCUGCUAUGAAAUCUACUUUUUGACACCGAAGAGUCGCCAACUACAAGCUGCAGCCGCACCACAAAACACUCGGGCGCUCACCUUCUUUUAAGCUUAAAAGACACAAGCUUUACGGACAUUAUUCUUUAAAUAUCCAUUAUCUACCUAGGUAUUCGAAGAUUAUAUUAUCCAACAAUGGGCGACCUCGAACCUCUAGAAAGAGAUGUGGAAAUGGCGGAGUCGAAACCAAUGAUUGGGGAAGACAUAAACAAUCAUAAGAAUGAAGGGAAAAGAAAGAAGUCUCGAGCGAGUCAAAUCCUCGAUAUUGCUUGCAUUGGCUUGAAUAUCAUCAGUACAGUUGUUCUCGUCUUUCUGAAUAAAUGGUUUGUCUGAAUACGAUUUUUCCUCUCAAAAAAGCAAAGCUAAUCAUGUAAUAGGAUAUUCAAAGAUCCUCAAUUGCGCAAUAUGCAAAUAUCCUUCGCGAUGUGGCAUUUUACCUGCACAACCAUUGUAUUAUGGUUAGCUAGUCGUUCCCCUUUCAAUCUUUUUGUCCCUAUACGACUGCCAUUUCUCCAAAUGCUCCCGUUAUGUUGCUUCUUCGCUGGCUUUCUCAUACUUGGAAAUUUGAGCUUGGCAUUCAACUCUGUGGGAUUCUACCAGUCAGUUAUCCCUCCUAAUUACUUUGGUCGCAUAUUAUGCUAACCCUACCCUCAUUAGACUCGCAAAAAUAAUGACCACCCCUUGCGUCGCCCUCCUUCAAUACUUCUUCCUCUCCAAGUCCGUCUCUCCCCAGACCAUCCUCGCCCUCGCUAGCGUUUGCAUCGGCGUAGCUCUAACUAACACCGGAGCCUCUGGAACUACCACAUUCGGCGCUUCAAUCGCCAUUGCUGCGUUUGUAGUAACGGCCUUUUACCAAGUCUGGAUCGGCAAGAAACUCACCGAUUUCAAAGCCUCGUCUCCCCAACUUUUGCUCAAUCAAGCUCCAAUAUCAGUUUUGAUUCUAGCGUUUCUGGUCCCAUUUUUCGACACAAAACCAGAUGUAUCAGUUAUUCCAAAAGAUACUCUUGUUGCAUUGGGUUUGAGUGGAAUAGCAGCUGCAUUGUUGAAUUUAAGUCAAUUUUUAAUUAUAGGAAGAAUGUCAGCGUUGACAUUUAAUGUUGCUUCCAAGUAUGUUUCCUCUCACACACACCUCGUGUACAUCACUCACCCCAAGAUCAAACACUAACUCCCUUCCCUCCAGUGUAAAAACAAUCAUAAUCCUCACCUACGGCUGGGUAAGCGAAGGCCGCCUUCUCACGGUCAAAGAUUCCGCGGGUAUAUUAUUAGCUCUAGGUGGUGCAACCAUGUAUAGCCAGCUUUCACAGCGGUAAAAUCCAACAAUUUUGUAAUGUGUAAUGAAUUUUUACGACCGGUUGUUUUAGGUGGGAUAUGGCGUUGGGUGGAUUAGCGGGAUCACGAAAUUUGAAAUAAGAAGCAAGAUAGAUGAUAUAAAGCUAUCUACCUAGGUACUUUUAGAAAUGAAUACAGAUUCCCAAAUCUUUUUUCUUGUAAAUAAAUAGCCGAGUACAUAGAUAUCCAGU